AACGAAACAGAGGGACAAAAGUAAUUAGGUGAAGUGGAAAAGCGUCGACGCCGACGCUGUUAAAGACCGAGGCUCCAGCGGGGAACACCCGCCGCGUGGAUGGUGGCGGGUGAAUGGGGCUAUGCGCCGGCGUCGGCCACCCCCGCCAUGAACGCCUUCCUCGAAACGAACCACGCGCACCUGGCGUCCUACGGGCUGAAGAUGUCACCGCAGCCGGCUUGCGGCGUGGGCCCGCAGCAUCGGGCUGCCGCACCACACCCGCCGCCGCACCACCCACCGCACUACCAGCCCUACCCGCUGCAUUCCUACCAGCCUGGCUACCUGCGCGAGUACGGUGGCUGCGGCGAACUGUUUCCGCAGCAGCCGCUCGAACAAAGCUGGGAUUGGCGUGGCGACAUGCACUACCAGGGCGGCGCCCCGCCGCUCGUGCCUCACGCGCAUGCCCAUGCUCCACACGCCUUUCUGCGCUACGUGCGCGCUCCUCCGAGGCGCGAUAUGCGCUGCCAGUGGCUCGACCCAGAGCAACCACCCCCGCGCAAGUUGUGCAACAAACUCUUCUCGAGCAUGCACGAAAUCGUGACGCAUCUUACAGUAGAACAUGUCGGUGGACCUGAGUGCACGACGCACGCCUGCUUCUGGCAAGGUUGCUCGAGGAACGGUCGCCCGUUCAAAGCGAAAUAUAAGUUGGUGAACCAUAUACGCGUGCACACCGGCGAGAAACCCUUCCCUUGCCCGUUUCCCGGUUGCGGAAAAGUGUUUGCCCGAUCCGAAAAUCUCAAGAUACAUAAACGAACACAUACCGGUGAAAAGCCGUUCAAAUGUGAAUACGCUGGGUGCGAUCGUCGAUUCGCGAACUCUUCCGACAGAAAAAAGCAUUCGCACGUGCAUACGUCUGACAAACCGUACAACUGUCGUGUGCACGGCUGCGACAAGUCCUACACACACCCGUCGUCCCUGCGCAAGCACAUGAAGGUGCACGGCGCGGCCGGAGACGCGUCCCCGCGCUAUGACAGCGACGGCGACGACUCCUCGUCCGCGGGCAGCGUCAGCGUCACGGCCGGCGCCAGCAGCCCCCCGGCGCCGCUGCCGCCUCCGCCCGCGACCGCACCCGCGCCCAUGCCGCCGCACCACCCGCCCCACCACGCUUCGAUAGCAGAUAAACUCGAGAGCCUCAACAAUAAGUACCUCAAUCCUCACGAUCAGAAACCUUACGAACGACCACCCGCACCGCCUCACCACAAUCAAGCCCCACAUCUCACUAAUAUCGGAGGCAACGGCGUAAUGGACAAUAAACUAGGUUUUGGUGGGCACUGGAGCCAAUUUCAGCAGCCGGCUCCCGCAAUGCCGCAUGGAGUACCUGACUGGUGGUGUCCCACACAGGAGACUUACCACCACCACCACUUAAUGCAUCACUCAGGUGCUGCCGCUGCCUACUGACAGCAUCGCACUUAGGGAACUCUUCACUCGACGAUAAACUCACGCACUCUUCUAUGGCGGGCUUCAAAAUAAAAAAAGUAUUUAUAGGAAAUCUUACUUAAAAACAUUUUCGUUUGCUAUACGACGAUUAUUUGAUCAAUUUAUGCUAUGUUGAGUCAGUAUGAAAUAAUUUAUUUAUUGACGUGGAAUGAAAAGUUUCCUAAGGCGCCUUAAUAGAUGUUUUAAUUGUAGUGCACUCUACGCUUAUAUUAAUUGUAUUAGUCUGACCGCUGUAACACUUAUUCUAAAAAACUUCUUAUAUUUGCACUAUCUUU